GAUUAAUGAAACACAGAACGGUUUAUGCAAAAAUCCGACACAAAUAACACAAUUAAAAAAAAGAAGUAAUCUUGAUGAUUGUUGGCGGGUUUAAUUUUGACAGAAAAUGACAAUGUCUUCCUCUGGAUGACAGCACUUGAUGAUGAUGAUGUCACCAUAUCAAACUCACAUGCAUCUUUCUUCUUUUGGGAAACUUUACCUUUCAAGAAACAACCAAACUCAAUAACUAGUCUUCCAUAGCAUUCAAAGGAGAACACAUACUUAAAUUGGGACGGGGUGAGCUCUCUUUAUGGUAAAAUAGCAAGUUUAAUAUACAAUGGAGUUACAUUAUUGAAAUAAUAUGAUAAUUUGGAUGUAAUUGUUAUUCCUUUAUACCAUUAUAAAUUACGGAGUAAUACAUUAGUACAUAUUAUGUUUAUAGACGGUAGAAGAUGGAAUUUAUUCACAAAACUUAGUCAUACCUGUCACCUUAAACUAACAUUUACAAAACAUUUGCUUUGGAGAUUUAGCUAGGUCUAGUUCCAAAAAUAUUUGACAAAUCUAGCAUUUAGGGGUUGUUUGUUUCAGUCUCUUAAUGGUUCAGAUGUCUGAAUGGUUCAACACUUAAUGGUUCAGACUGUUUGUUUCAGCCUCUUAAUGGUUCAGAAGUCUGAAUGGUUAAGAGAUUUGCUUCUGAAUGGUUAAGUAUUAUACAGAGUCUGAAUGGUUAAUACCUCUUAUCUGAAUUGAUCAGACAUUUGCCUCUGAAUAGUUAAGCAAUAUACUAGCUCUUAAUGGUUCAGACCUCUUACUGGUUCAGCACUUAAUGGUUCAGACCUCUUACUGAUUCAGCACUUACCCAUUCAGAAGUUGCCAAACAGCCCCUUAGCAAACAAGAUUCAUUUACCAAACAUGGUUUAAACUAAUUGUACCUAGAGUGGGAAGAUGAUCCAGGAUCUUCGCUGUCCCGUCUUCAUUAUAAACUUCAACCAAGAAUUUGGAUUGGGAUUCCAACCAAAACACCAGAAAAUCAUGGCGCCCCAGACCCAGAUCCCUCAAGAAUUCCGGCCACCCGUCGGUGAAGCACCGCCCCUCCGACGCAACUUCGUCCACCUUCACGCGCCACUCUCCCUCGCUGCCGCCGCAUCCGACCCUUGAAGAAGGUAGGCUUGCUUUGGCCCAUAUUACGGAGUACUAUUUUAGGUCUUAUCCUCAAUUUGAGAUCUUUAAUAGAGAUGGCAAUAGAGUACUCCCUCUCUCCCAAAUUAUUCGUAAUAUUUUGAACGACGUGCAAAAUAUCAUCUAUUUUAAAAUUAUUAUAUUUUCAAAUUGAUAGAGUAAUAAAAAGUAAAAAUUAUA